GCCGAGUCGCGAGCCCCAGGCAGGCCAGGUAACGGCCUCUGCCCCCGCCCCUCCCUCCCCGCUCCGGCUCCCCCUACCCGCACACUGGCUCCAGGCAGCGCCCGGGCAGCGGAGGCGGCUGCGGAGACGGCGGGGUGCGGGCUGAGGGAGCCGGGCCUGGACGCCCCCCCACCCCCGUACCCCAGGAGCUGUGCCUAGUCCAGGAGAGGCUGGGGGGGCCCCAUGGAGGUGAGACGCGGAGACACCCGCCCGCGCCGUCACCCCUCAGGCCUGAGGGAGGAAGGACUUGAGCCCAAAGUCGCGUUCCCCGGAGGUGCGAAUCGCUGCUGGAACCUCGGCGCCGACGCCGGCGGCAGGUUAACCGAUGUCUUCGGCAGCGUGAUGUUGACUGGCUCCGCUUCCUUCUACGAUUGCUACAAAUCGCAGAGUGAAGACAAUGUAGACCUAAGGCAGACCUAUACUCCGUUUUCUUCAACAGAAUAUUCAAGUUCUGUAGAUUCUUCACUUUUCUGUGCACCAUGGUCUACUUAUGGAGAUGAUAUUAAACAACCUUCUAAUUCUCAGAUCAAUAUAAAGAACAGGAUUCAAACAGAAAGAAAUGACUAUGGCAGUGAAACAGACUUAUAUGGACUUGUGUCUAACAUUUUGGAAGAACAAGAUAAGUCACAGCCAUAUUUUGCUGAAGGGACCUGCUCCUCCAAUUUAAAGUCAGUUUGGCCAAUGAACACAAGCAGAUUUGCAGAUCACCAUGCCCUCUUAACAGAAACCAAAAGGCCAAUAGAUAUAGCCAUCUCUCAGCAAGCUUUUUAUAGUGGUGAAUCUGUGUCAGCAAUGGAAAAGCAAUACCUGCAUAACAGUAAUCUCACACCACAACAAAAAAUAGAUGAACUUUAUCAUGGAUUUACUGGUUUAGACCUUGAAGAACAAUGGAUGUACCCCUCACGAAGUGAUCAUUCUAACUGUCACAAUAUUCAGACAAAUGAUACAGCUAAGACCACAUUCCAAGAAUAUCCAUUUAUCAAAAACUGUUUUACACCACAAACUGGUCUGUCUGAUAUCAUGAAAGAAUCAGGAGUUGAUAUCUACCCUUAUGGAAGAGACAGAAUAUGUACUAAAGGUCUUGAAGCACCAUUACAGCAAAAAAGGGCAGAGAUGUUUCUUUCUCAAUUUAAUAGAUACAAUGAAAAUAUAGAUUAUUGUAGAUACCCAGAAUAUGUUCAUCCUAAUAAGGCUAAGCUUAAUAAAUGUUCAAAUUUUAGUGUCCAAGAUAGCAAAAAAUUAGCCAAUGGCACACCUGAAACACCAACUGUAGAAGCAGACACCUACACAAAGUUAUUUCAGGUUAAACCAGCGAAUGAGAAAAAAAUGGAGGAGACAAUCCCUGACCAGCAGAAUUUCACAUUUCCAAAAACUAUGCCACAUCUGACAGAGAAACAGUUUGCAAAGGAAGGAGCAUUCACUGCUGAUUUUGGCUUAACAUCAGAAUAUGGACUAAAACCUCACACAGCUUGUUCCACUAAUGAUUUUGCUAACGUCACAGAAAAGCAACAGUUUGCUAAACCUGAUCCCCCAAAUUCUGAGUAUUUUAAAUCAGUGAAUUUAUUAUUAAACUCAGCAAUAUCUUCAGGAGGUAUCAAUUUAAACAGACCAACUUGGAUGAAUGUUCAAACAAAAAAUAACACUCCUAUUCCUUAUCGAAGUCAAGGUAACUUGAUGAAAUUAAACAGUCAUUUAAGUGCAGCUUCAAAAGGUUCUAACCAUUCUUCAGAUUUCCCCCAACUAUCAUCCACAAACUUAACCCCAAAUAGCAAUUUAUUUCAGAAAUAUUGCCAAGAAAACCCUUCAGCAUUUUCUAGUUUUGAUUUUAGUUACAAUGGUGCAGAAAGAAUCCAAUCUGUCAAUCACAUAGAAAGACUAACAAAGCCUGGAGAAGAAAAUCUCUUUGAAUUGGUUACGGAUAAAAAAAUAAAGCAGCCAAAUGGAUUUUGUGAUAACUAUUCAGCUCAGCAGUAUGGGAUAAUUGAAAAUGCAAACAAACAUAAUUUUCAAGCCAAGCCCCAGAGUGGACAUUAUGAUCCUGAGGAAGGUCCAAAGCAUUUAGAUGGCUUAUCACAAAAUACAUACCAAGAUCUACUGGAGUCACAGGGUCAUUCUAACAGCCACAGAACGAGAGGUGGAGACAAUAUUAAUAGCCGUGUGAAUCGCACACAAGCGUCAUGCUUUUCUAAUAAUUAUAUGAUGGGAGAUUUAAGGCAUAACCAGGGUUUUCAACAACUUGGUUCAAAUGGGUUUCCUCUAAGAUCCACCCACCCAUUUGGCCAUUCAGUUGUUCCACUGUUGGAUUCCUAUGACUUAUUUUCUUAUGAUGACUUAAGCCGUUUGUACCCUUAUUUUAAUGAUAUGAUGUAUGGUGAUAAUUCUUUUUCUGGUCUCAUGCCAACUUUUGGAUUUCAAAGACCAAUUAAAACCCGUAGUGGACCAGCCAGUGAACUUCAUAUUCGUCUAGAAGAGUGCUAUGAACAAUGGAGAGCAUUAGAAAAAGAGAGAAAAAAGACUGAAUUAGCCCUUGCCGAGAAUUAUCCUGGAAAAAAAGUAUCCAGUACUAACAACACUCCAAUUCCAAGGCUGACUUCCAACCCAUCUAGAGUUGAUCGCUUAAUUGUGGAUGAACUUCGAGAACUAGCCAGAGUUGUGACUUUACUAGGCAAAAUGGAACGUCUUCGGAGUUCUCUUCUUCAUGCCAGUAUCUCUACUGCUCUUGAUAGACACUUGGAGUCUAUUCACAUUGUACAGUCACGUAGAAAGGAUGAAAUUGUUAAUGCUUCCAAUCGGCAAAGGCAAGGAGUUCCUAGAUGCCAAGAUGACAGAGAUGUUUUUGCCCUUGCUUCAGCAAUUAAAGAGAUGUGUGUGGCUACUCGGAAAACACGCACUGCCCUGUGGUGUGAACUGCAGAUGACCUUGCCAAAAACAGCCAGUACAGCUCAUGUGGUAAAGGCUUUACAAGAUACAGUAAACUGUGAAGAUAAAGUCCAUGAAAGCAUAAAUAGUAGCAAUCCAAUGAACCAGAAAGGUGAAACAAACAAACAUUAAGGAAAUGCCAGCAGAAAGAAGAAUAAAAAGCUGAUAAACAUAUCAAGACAUGCUAAAAAUUUUUUAAUGAACUUGUCAAACUUUCAGUGUUUUCUUUCAGAUUUAAAGUUAAUACCAAUACCUUAAUGAAGUCUAACUUCUAUUUAAAAAUCUUCUAUUUGAAGUGAAUCCGAUAUAGUUUUAAGUAAACACAAAGGUACAGUUGACUACUCAGAGUUCUGAGUAGUCAGAUAACAAGUUUAAGUAAAUUAAAUAUUUCCUAACAGCUAAAAUAUGCUUAAACCCAUUCUGCCAUGCAGGUAAAUGCAAAUGUGAAAUUCUUCUAGGAGAUAAGUUUCGUUUAGGUCUGUCUUAGUUAAGUAUAAUUCCAAAUAAUGAAUCUAAGUGACUGUAACCCAAUUACGGCUACAGCCUAGUAACCAAGACAAGUUUUGAUUGUGAUAUAAAAGUGUUUUCCUUACAAAACUGGAUACCUGGGAAACAAAGGAAAAUAUGGAUAAACCCAAUAUUCAUGUAAAAAUUUAAUAUUUAAAAUACUACCAUAUUUAUAAAUUUGAAAUCUUAAUGCCUAAGUAUAUGGAGGGAAAUGCAUCUGAUUCUCCUAAAUUAAUGAUAAAAGUGCCAGUGUAAAAACCAUGCAAGUUACUGAAUAUAAAACCUAUUCAGAUCAUUUGUGUAUAUUCUUUAAAUUUUAAUUAUAUUAUCAAUUAUUAAAUGUUUCCAAUUUUAAAGUUAUUUAAAUUAAAUCACAAAACAUUCCCUUUAUCUGGAUCUUUUAGACUUGAUACACAGUAACUGAAAUAAUGACUACUGUUUUAAUACCCUUAGUUUGCUGCCUUUUAUGAGGGUAUCACGAAGUUCUAAAAUGUAUUUUUUUAAAGGUUAAUCUCUAACUAGUUUAGCUUGCAAUUGGUUAGUGUAUAUUUUGUGUAGUUGUGUUCAUUAGUUUGCUUCUAAGUUCUAAAAUGUAUUUUUUUAAAGGUUCAUCUCUAACUAGUUUAGCUUGCAAUUGGUUAGCGUAUAUUUUGCGUAGUUGUGUUCAUUAGUUUGCUUCUGUAUUUUUUUAAAACUAUUGAAAGCUAAGCUUUUUCUGUUUCUCACCACUUAGUAUCUUUGUAUGGAACUUGAGUAAUUUAUUCGUUAAUAUGAAAUGUUGGUAUUAUGUGACUCAGAAGAUCUUGGGUUUUAACAUUUCUAGCAUGAGUUAAACUAUAAUGUACUGAUGAAAUUUAAUUGAAAUAUCCUUGACUAGAAACACUGAUGUUUUAAAUGUUAGUGUUUUUCUUAGUUUUAGAAAUUCUGGUAUUAAAAAAAAAGAGUGUAAUCAUACCACAUAAAUUUUCUUUAGAUGAUGUACAGAAGAAACUGAUUGAGAAUGCAAGAGUAACUGUAGGGAGAAACAUUUUGAUCACUGAUAUAUGCCUUAGAACUACCCAAAUGAAUUACAUUGAGGGUAGUCAAAUAAAAUAGAUCAUCUCACCACAGUCACUGCAUAGAAAGUGGUUAAGUUUAACAUAAGACGUGUUGGAUGUUAUAAAAACAAAUACUGUACUGAAUUUAGUCUCAGGAAAAAAAUAAAUUACUUCGUUGAAAACA